AUGAGGAGUCUGAGGAAAGAAGAAUCAGCAGCUGCGUUAACCAUUCUCCUCUAUUCUGUGCUGACUUCUCUAUUUUUCCUUGCAGUUCAAGCAAGAAGUCAUAAACAGGCAUGUCGUUCUUCGUGUGGAGGUAUUGAAAACAUCAGCUAUCCUUUUCGCCUAAAGGGUGAUCCGGUAGGCUGCGGUGAUCCUGACUAUGAGCUAUCAUGUGUUAACAACAAAACCAUCCUAGAAAUAUUUCCAGGAAAAUACUAUGUAAAGAACAUUUCUUAUGAUGAGAAUGUUAUCCGUUUGGUCGAUGUCAACUUUGCCAAUGGUAGCAGCUGCAGCCUUCCAUCAGGAUCUGUUGUAACGAGGAAUGGAGAUGUCAAGGAUUUGCGCUUUGUGAGGCUUGGCGCCGAGCGUACUUACACACAGUUUGUGAAGUGCUCCAGAAACAUCAGCCAGGCUGAUGUAACAGCUUUUAACUACACAGCCGUUCCAUGUUUGACUGGAGUUAAUGGGACUAAUUACUUCUAUGCUGUUUAUGAUGGUGACUACUUAACUGGUCAUCGUAAACCACCAUGCUCGCUUAUUUCAGUGGCUUCAUCAGAUAAUCAUGAAAAUCUUGUUAAGCCCCUUUCUUAUGAAGCCAUCAUGAAGCACUUGGAGGCAGGGUUUGAUCUCGCAUGGUCCGUUGAGUGUCGCGAUUGUUCUUUAGCUGGCAAAUAUUGUGGAGUAGAUGUAAGUGAUCUGAAUUUGGGUACUAAGCCACUCCCCUAUCAAUGUUCUGAAGAUUCAGAGUACAAAGAACUCACAGAGCUCCAAAUGAUCUUAAUAUAUGUGGGAAUUUCUUUGGGAGCUCUAUUUGCUUUUGUGCUUAUAGUGGUUUUAUUGGUGUUACGCAUCCGCAAAUGUAUGAGACAAAGACAGCGGGAGAGGAAUCUGCAGAAUCAGCAGCAGUCAUCGACACCAGCACUCCACAGUUCUUGA